AUGGCUGGAGGCGCAGCCAAAUACCGUCAUCUCAGCCGAAGUUCGUCUCAUCGACAGGCCCUCUUGCGAAAUCUCGUCACAUCCCUCAUCAAACAUGAAUCCAUCACAACGACAUGGCCCAAGGCAAAAGAAGCGCAACGCCUGGCCGAAAAAUUGAUUACUUUGGGAAAGAGGAAUACGGAACAUGCUCGGAGACGUGCUCAGUCGAUAUUUUAUACACCACACGACCUCCUCCCCAAACUCUUCGGACCCCUCCGUGAACGCUACGCCGAACGACAAGGCGGUUACACCCGCGUUUUGAGGGUAGAGCCCAAAAAGGACGAUCAAGCCCCUAGCGCAAUCCUCGAGCUGGUCGACGGACCCAAGGACAUGCGAUUCGCCAUCACAGCCAAAGCCAUAGCUCGUCAGCGCGAGCAAGGAAUUCAGACACUUAAUGAAUUGACUGCUCUGAACGUGCGGAAAGUGACAAGGUAUCGCAAGGAUGGUGUCGAGACGCUAGAGAAGGAGAUUGAGAAGAUGACGCUAGAGGCGGGUAAGAAGAAGAACAAGAAGAAUCAAGACGAAGAGGAGGGAGGAGAGGAUAAGGGUGAAGGUAGACGGGCUAAAUAA